GUCUAAUAGAUCAAUAAUAGGUUGCGGUAGGCGUGACCAAGGCUCUUAACCAAUCAAACUGAACACAAGAACAACGCUACUCGUCACACUAUAGGUCGCGGUCGAAGGCGGGAUUAAUGUAGCAGGCCAAUAAAAUUCUGGAUUUAAGAAGGGAUGGACCAAUGAGGCGUGCUCAUUUAGGUUGCCAAGAGACCGUGCUUGUGCUUGGCUUCCGGGUCCGCAAACGGAGAUUCGGUUUUUGAAACAAGAGACAUUUAACGUGUAUGCGGGAAAAGCGAUUGCUCUUCUCAAACCAACUCCCCAAUCAACACGUUCGCUUUCUUUUUUACUUGUUUAAAAAGUUCAGGUCUUGCGCGACCGCGCCGUUCAUCAAUGGUGAAGUUAAGAGCCAAGUGUAUUCUCGUAGGAGAUGCGGCCGUGGGGAAAAGCGCGCUUUCCCAGAUGUUCCGCAGUGACGGAUCCCACUUCCAGAAGAACUACAGCAUGACUGCAGGAGUGGAGGUGCUGACGAGGACAGUGCACAUCCCGGACACCAGCGACGGCGUGGAGCUGUUCAUCUUUGACUCGGCAGGGAAGGGGGUCUUUCUGGAAGCCUGUGAGAAGCUGUGGGAGCAACCCGCAGUGCUGUGCCUGGUCUAUGACAUCAGCAGCGAGCAGUCUUUCCAGAACUGCGGCCAGUGGCUGGAGAGGGUCCGAGGACACAGCCAGGGACAGCACGUGCCAGGGGUGCUGGUCGGUAACAAGACGGACCUGGCGGCCAGGAGGGAGGUGGAGUCCGGGCUGGCGCAGGAGUGGGCCGAGAGCCAGGGGCUGGAGUACUGCGAGACCUCUGCGAAGGAGGUGGAGAACUGUGAAGCCCCCUUCCUCAUCCUGGCUCAGGUCUUCCACCAGCUCUAUCAGGACAGACUGCAGGCCAUCCAGGCCCUGGCCUAGGAACGAGCGCACACAGGCACGCCGGGCCUAGUGACCCGGCGGCACAGCGAGCGCCUGGUGUCAUCCCAGACGCUCCCGGAUUGUGUCCCAUCUGGCUUUUGUCAACCCCCAACUGUCUGCAUUACUUUUUUGCUUGAUUUUGACCAUCCGGAUGGUUGUCCUAGAAAAAUGUACACUUCAGGCUUCCAACUUCCAGACCUCUGCUGGAGCACGCUUUUGAUCCUAUUAGUCCUGAGACUGCACGUUAUCGUCUGGGCUGAGGCAGGGAGGUCCUAUGGAGGAGGCACACAGCUGGCCAGGUGAGCAGGAAGUUAGCUAGGGAUUCCUCAGGAGCCUGUGCAACAGCAGCUGCAGAGAGCCGAGAGCUGCGUCUGUCCUCUGAUCAGCAGCUUAGCCUCACACCCGCAGGCCUGCCUGAUGCUACAGGAGUCGGAGAGAACGUCAGUGUUCUUAUUGUCUCUGCCGUCGGAGAUGUGGCAGUGAGCCAAGUCAAUGGAGAAGUGGUCAGUCUAACAUUGGCUAACAAUCUGGGCUUUCAGGAUCUUUGAUACUUUCACAAGUGGCAGUUCUCAAAUGAUAUGCAAAACUGGUCCUCAUUAACUCGACUUGGGACAAAAGGAAAAUAAAAAGGUGCUCAGGUUCAGGAGAUGGUGAAUCGUCCCUCUGAGCAGAAAGGUAAAGCAA